CUCAUGGUUAAUAAGGGCCCCAGGGUUCCAGAGAUCAUUCAGCUUCUGGACUGGGAGGACUAUUCUGACCACUACAUCUUGAUUUUGGAACUUUCCACACCCUGUGAAGAUCUGAGCGUCUAUGUUAAACGCUUUGGAGGAUUCCUCAAUGAAACCAAAGCACGGGUUAUCAUGGGGCAGACGAUACGGGCCGCUCAAGUGUGCUGUGCCCGUGGAGUCUUUCACCGUGACAUAAAGCUGGAGAACCUGCUGAUCAACCCACGAACACUCCGGGUCAAACUGAUUGACUUUGGGUGCGGGGACCUCCUGAAGGAUUCUGCGUAUCAUCACUACAGUGGGACGAAGCAGUACCGCCCCCCUGAGUAUAACAUGAUGAGACGGUACCAUGGGAAACCUGCCACUGUGUGGUCAUUGGGAAUGCUACUAUAUGCAAUGCUGUGUGGACGCCUUCCACGAUCCAGGGUUUUGCUGUGGAUUAAUUCAAGAUGUUGGUCUAAUUCUCGCUUGUCACAUGACUGUUGCGAUCUGAUUUACUGCCUCCUGCGACAAGAUCCACCCAAGCGGAUCAGUUUAGAAGAUAUCCCGCAUCAUCCAUGGUUUAAGGUCACCAAAUGUAGCAGCACGCCAAAGAGAACUGCUGCACAGCAGGGGAAAAUCAGUCCACUACAUGAGAAUGAGAAAGAAACACCGGAGGGAACCAAAGUAGGAUAA